AUGAGUUAUAGCGAUUCGAUCUCUGCAUCAAAUAAUAGUAGUAACCAGGAUGCUACAUCUGGAAAAUUGCAAUAUACUGAAAGUGAUGAUGAAGGAAGUGAUGAGUAUUGCCCAGGAGGUUAUCAUCCAGUUGAAAUAAAUGAAAUAUAUAAUGAUCGUUACAGAAUUGAAGGAAAAUUAGGAUGGGGUCAUUUUUCUACAGUUUGGAUUGCAACCGAUUUAAAAAGUAAACCAUUAAAAUUUGUUGCUAUAAAAAUUCAAAAAGGUUCAGAAACAUAUACAGAAUCUGCUAAAUGUGAAAUAAAUUAUUUAAAAACGGUCAAAAUAAAUUCUUUUGAUUCUUCAUGGGUUGAAUUUAAAGAACAACAAAGAGAAAGAUUAUUUCAUUAUAAUAUGACAAAAGGUGUUGUUUCGUUUAUUGACAGUUUUGAGCAUAAGGGACCAAAUGGCACACAUGUAUGUAUGGUGUUUGAAUAUAUGGGUCCCAAUUUAUUAUCUUUAAUUAAGCAUUAUGAUUAUAAAGGUAUACCAAUUAAUUUAGUUAGAAAAAUUGCUACUCACGUGUUAAUAGGGUUACAAUAUUUACACGAUGUUUGCAAAAUUAUACAUAGUGAUAUAAAGCCAGAAAAUGUAGUUGUUUCUACACUUACGAAUAUACCAAAGCCUAGAGAUUAUACUAAAUCUAAAUUAGCAAAUAAUAAUGAUGAUACAAAUAUAAAAAAUGUUACUAAAAACCAUUGCACUUCGCCAUCUCGUCCAGAACAAGAAAAUAAUAUAAACACCGAAAAGGAUUUUGAUAAAGUAGAACCACAAAUUGAUGAAACAAAGCAAGGUGAAACAGAACAAGAUGAUACAGAAUCUAAUGCAACCGCAGUAAAGGAACAAAAUGAAUUUGAUAAUGUUGACUGGAAUAAAUUAACUAAAAAUGAAAAAAAAAAAUUAAAAAGAAAGAAAAAAAAAAUGUUUAAAAAAGAAAGAUUAAAAAUGAAUGAAGCUAAUAAUACAGAAAAAAACCAACAAACAAAUAACGAAGCAAAAAUUAAUAAUUUGAGUCACGCUGAAGAUAAUAGACAAUUUAAAAAGGAAGAUAACGAAAAUUUUAGAAAUAUAGAAUGUAUAAAAACUGAUGAUAUUUCAUUAGAGCAAAUACAAAUUUCUACUAAAAUGACCCCUAAUAAUAGCAUGAACGCAAAUCCGAAAGUUAAUAUAAAUACAAACAAAGACAAUAGUACCAUAUCUGGUGAUUGUAAUAAUCAAAACUUAAAUGAAAAUAGUGAUAUGAAAUUAUGUAAAGAUGAAACCAAAAUGGAUUCAAAACAAAUUAUUUCUAACACAGUGGGAAAAAAAUUAUCAUUUGUUAAUGCAAAUAUGGAUAAUUUUUCAAUAAAUGAAAAUAAAUUAUCAGAUCUAUCAAAAGAAGAAACAAAAGAAAACACAAAAUGCUCCAUAAUAGAAGAUAAUGAAAAAAACAAAAUUGAUGACAAUAAUAACAACCUUAAUAUAAAAAAAAAAAAAAAAAAAAUCAACGAGCCACCAUAUGUUAAACAUAGACUUAAACCUUCCAAUUCAGACCCAUCUUUACUUACUACCUAUUAUAACAUACAUGCUAUACAAGAAACGCUGACAAGAAAACCGUAUCAUUAUAACAAUUACUUUUUAAAUAAUCCAGAAAAAUUUGGAUAUGAUAAAUCACCGCAAUUAUUGCGUAGAUUGCCAAUAGAUUAUUUAAGAAAUGAUAGCUCUUUGGAGGCCAGUAACAAUAGCUGUAAUGAUAAUAACGAAAAUACUAACGAUACAUAUUCUGAAAAAUCCGAAAUAUAUGUAGAUAAAGAUGCUAACAAGUUUCCUAUUUAUUGUGGUAUGUUUAAUCAUCUAAUACAUCCAGAAGCAAUGAAAUUACAUGAAUCAAAUAAAAAAAAAAAUAUAUAUUCUGAAGUCCCAAAUGAAAAUCAAUCAUUGGGAAAUAAUAAAAAUACUAAUAAAGUUGUUUAUAUUAAAACAGAAGAAGGUGAUUAUUGUAUUAGGCCUUAUGAUCCUACUGUAUAUUAUCAUGAAAAAUCUUGUUAUAAAAUUUGUGAUUUAGGUAAUAGUUUAUGGAUUGAUGAAUCAAGAUAUGCAGAAAUACAAACACGACAAUAUAGAGCUCCAGAAGUUAUAUUAAAAAGUGGUUUUAACGAAACGGCAGAUAUAUGGUCAUUUGCUUGUAUGGUAUUUGAAUUAGUAACUGGAGACUUCUUAUUUAAUCCACAAAAAUCAGAUAUAUAUGAUAAAAACGAAGAACAUUUAAGUUUUAUAAUCGAGGUUUUAGGAAAUAUACCAAAAUCGAUGAUAGAUUCAGGAUAUAACUCACACAAAUAUUUUAAUAAAAACACGUAUAAACUAAAAAAUAUUAAAAAUAUAAAAAGAUAUGGAUUAUAUAAAAUAUUAAAAUAUAAAUAUGGUUUACCAGAAAAAGAAAUAAAUCCAUUAUGUAGUUUUCUAUUACCUAUGCUUUCAAUAGAUCCUCAAACAAGACCGUCAGCAUACACUAUGUUACAACACCCAUGGCUUAAUAUGGUAGAUUUAGAAGAUGAUGAACAGACAAAUACUAAUAAUAGAUCUUACUCUAUUAAUACUGUAAAUUUCAAAAAUCAAACACAUUAUGAUAUUUAUCAAGAUAAAAUUAAUAACAACGAUAAUAAUAACACAAAAUAUUUAUCACAAAAUCAUGAUAAAUAUUCAAAUUUUGAUAAUAUACAUGCAAAUACUUUAAUACAGCAAUUUGAUGAAGGUUCUGAUGAUAGUUAUGAAAAUCAGCAUGAAAUGCAACAUCCAUAUCAAAAAUAUCAUUCACAUAAUAAUCAUAUAGAUGAGUAUAUCGAUGGCAUGGGAAUCCACGAUAAGGAAUAUGAAAGACAAUAUGAAUAUCACAAUAAAUACAAUAAUAGGGGUUAUAAUGACCCUUCAAAUCUUUAUUCUGGAAAUUUUAAUAAGCAAAUAGCUAAAGAACAUUAUAUGCAUAACUCACCAACUAAUAAAAGGGAUUAUAUGUUUUAUUCAAAAAAUAUUCCAACAAACAUACCAAUGAAUCACCAAUAUAACUUUAUUAAUGAUGUAAAUAACUAUGACAAUAAUAAUGCUCCUAAUAAUCAUUUCUUCAAAAGCAAUCCUAAAUAUGAUAUGAAUAUACCAAGGAAUUAUAAAAAAAAAUCAAGUGUAGUAUACAGUGAAAUUCCACACAAAAAAUAUGAUGAUGAUAUAAGUUAUUAUGAUAACAAUCCUGGAUAUAAAUAUAUCCAAAACUAUGAAAAACGAAAUGAUUUCAAACACGAACAUGGAAGCGAUAUGGAUGAUAAGGAUGAAGAAGAGGAUGAAGAUGAAGAAGAAGAUGACGACGAAGAAUAUGAAAGGAGUCAAUAUACUAAUGAGAAUGAUAAUAGUACUCAAUCCCAUAACAAAAUAAAUUUUAAUGAUUAUUAUGAUAAAAAUAACAAUAUUUAUGAAAACAAAAAUAAUAUAGAAUCAUAUUUAAAGAAAGUAAAAAAUCACCAUAAAAAUAAACUAGUAAAUGCAAUGCAGAAUAAUGAAUUAAAUAAAUGUAAAAAUUACGAAGCUAUAAAAAAUAGAGAAAACACAAAUGCACAAUUAAAAGAGCAAACCACAUUUAAACUCAAUGAAAAAAAUAUUGAUAAUACAAAAAAUAAAUUAAUUGAAUUAGAGCAAAAUUAUAAUCCUCAAAAUUUGGGAGAAUUAAUAAAUAUAAAUCCUAAUAAAAAGUUUGAUAAAUUUGAACAAAUCGAAAAAACGCAUAUAGAAACUAAAAAUGCACAAGGCCAUUUAUCAGCCCACAAAAAAUAUAUCCAUGAAAAGUACGAAGACGAUAAGGAAAAUCAAAUAAACUGCAAAGUUGUUAACAAAAAAAAAUCGUUUGCUUUUACGUAA